AUGUUAAACUAUGAGGGAAACAAUGAAUUGACCCUGACUUAUUCAGAGAGUGGUGCCAUUGAACCCCAUUGCAAGCUCAAAGGUGUUGAGUCCACUGCCAACAAUCAUGGAUUGGAGUUUGCUGACAAAAAUCAACCAAAUUUUGAAUCAGAAAUACCUGACUUCUUCUUCUAUGUGCCUGGAUUAUUUGGUGAUAUGCCACAACCAAGGGGCAUCCUUAAAAAGCAUUCACAAUUUGACCAUGAAAUAGGAAAAGGAAUGAAGAAGGUGAAGAGGGUGACAUUGAAUGUGCCCAUGUCAUUGGAGGAACUGAUGAAAGAGUACUUCCUACCAUCUACAGCAGACUCACCUACAGGAUCAAAUGCUGAAUCUGAGGGAGGACAAAAUACUACAAUUGAGAUAGGCCUAGUUGUUGAAGAGAUGGUCAUUGAAGAAUGUGCUCCAGCUGACUUCUUUGUGAAAGCUGAAGAUUUGGAGUUCCACUUAGAUGAUAAUUUUGUAGAUCAUGAAGAACAGGUGCAUGAAAUGAAUAAGCCAAAGAAGGGAAGCUCUCUUGCAAAUCCAGGUGCUGUAUUGAAUGAUCAUCAAUAUAGCUCAAAUGGCUUGACCAGAAGAAAAGGCAAGUAUUAUAACCAGUGUGAUAUCUGUCAUCUGUACUUUGCCUUCAAAGAAGAUUUGAAGGCCCAUAGGAAAAUCCAUUGGAAGUUGAAUGUGAACUGUGAAAAGGUGUGA